AUGCCUUACCACUCGGUUCAGGACGAUGACGUCCCGGUGGCCACGGGAUUUCCGGAUGAGGAGGGCUCCAAGUCGCUCCCAUGCCGCAAGGAGGUCGAAGUUUACCCAUGGAUAAAACGAUAUGUCACCUGCCCAGUGGUCUCAUCGCUUGCCACCAGGACCAAGAGAGAUGCCGAAGAGAUGGCCGCGUCGGCGCGGUCCAGUGACCCGGCGUCCUCCCCGACGGACUCUGUCAACAGGAAACGAAAAGCUGAAGAGGUCGACGAGGAAGACGCAGAGUCGAAGAGGGUUCAGACGGAAGAGGCUCUAUCUUCUUCAACCUCGCGAACAUCAAGCCGCUCAUCGUCUGCCGAGAUCUCCACCCCGGUUCACCAGCAUGCAACUCUGUCCGACAACUCCAUCUUCAAGGUCAUCACGCUUUCGCCAGCACCUGUCAGGAAAGGAUCCCGUGAUGCGGUCGAACGGGACGUUGCUGCUCAGUCUCUGUUUUUGCUUUCCAACGGCGCGCUUCCCUCUCCCACGACAAAACAAGACUCCUUGGGUGAAGCGAGCUUGAAGGGUUUCCCUGCAGACGUUCAGCCGCCAUAUCGCCAACAGCGUAAAUGCACUCUGCCGUCAAUCCAUGAGCUCUUUGCCAAGAUCCCCGAUGAUGGCUUUAGCAGCAGCAGCAGCGACUUCAGACCCCGCGACUGGCCAGCCUGGGACAGACGCAACAGCUCGGCGUCGCUCGCUUCGUCCACACCCCCGUCGCUAUGCGCAGACUCACCGCUCUCUCAGUCCUUCUCCACCACCUUUGCAACCACGCCUCCCACGCAGUUUUCUGCUCCGCCGCCGCCGCCGAGACCUGUCAGGAGCUUCUCCGAGAGGUCCAGCCUGUCGUCGCCAGGCCUGCCGCCGCUCAACACGACCAGGUUCGCCCUCGCCAUGACGCCCGAGGUCUACCAGGCCGCCAGCGCCCGCUCGUCCCGCCGCUGCUCGCCCAGUCUCGUCACCAAGCAGCCGACGAUACGCAAGCGCGCCAAGCGGGGGAAGAAAGAACGGAACGGAGAGUAUUCCGCCGACGAGGCGUCGCCCACGACAGCGACAUCGACCAUGUCAUCAUCGUCAUUAUCGAACGGUGCCGUGUCGGAGCUCGGCGGCGGCGGUCACCCUAACCAAAAGUACCCCAUGGCGCACGAGCACUUUGUUAUCUACGCUCGCAAGAAGCACGACAAGCGCACGACGUGGAAGGACGUGACGACGGCCUUCAAUAAGGCCAUCGGCCCCAUCGGUCCGCAGAAUCCCGGGCUGGACAUGUACGUCACGCAGUCCGAGAGGUCGCUGAACCUGCCGGCGCAGCGCGAGCAGGCCGGCGUCACGAGCAUGUACUACCGCACCAACAAGGUCAUCCCCGUCAUGGACGGGCGCGGCGGCCUCGUGUACGGCGACGACGGCGAGCCCCUCCUCGAGUGGAUCCACGAGCGGGACACGAGCCGCUCCCCGCCCGGUCUGAUCGAGAGGUAUCCCGAGAUCGUCCUCGACAGGGAUUACUGGUUCGUGAGCGAUGAGGAUAAGAGGUGGGCUGCGCAUCUGAAGGCUAUUCGUGACCAGCAGAGAAGAGAACGUGGGCUGCCCACCUGGGACGAGCAGCACACGCAGCCGGCCGGAGAGCAACCGCGGGAUUAUGUUCCUCGUUUAUAA